GUUUAAGGUCUCAGCACCCGUUGCCAAUUUACAUUCUUUAGUUAGGGAUUCAUGCGUGUCUAGCUUCGGGCGUCUCAAUUUUGGCCUAUUUCAAACUGUAUUGUGCAUUUGAGAAUGUCAGUGUGGUGUGCUAGCUAAUUGGUUUUUAGUUUUUUUUCUGUUCUUGAUACGAACUGGCGUUUCAAAAUUAAGUGGAUUUUACUCAAAAAUGGAUUCUUGGGGACAGUUGGACCUCACAACAGCCAUCGUCCAAAGAGAAGAUCCUUUGAAUGCUAGUUUUAGAAGAAGUAAAAAAAUUACUAUCGAGAAACUUCCAGACAAAGUUCUACUUCACAUAUUCAGCUACCUAAGCCAUAAAGAAAUAUGUCAAAUGGCGCGAGUCUGCAAGAGAUGGAGGCUGAUGGCCUACGACACCAGAUUAUGGAAGAAUGUGUCUUUACGGCCCGAAAUAUCUGGACUGCAUGUUGGAUCUUUGGAAUCUUUGCUGGCAUUGAUUAGUAUCAGAUUUGGACCUUCUCUAAGGUACAUCGAACUUCCAAUAGAACUCAUCACCCACACAGUACUCCAUGAAUUAGCCAACAAGUGCCCCAACCUCACGCACAUGCUCCUAGAUUUCUCCACCGCUAUGCAACUUCACGACUUCAGCGAACUUCAAGCGUUUCCUACAAAAUUGAAGUACCUUUGCAUUUGCCUGUCUGAAGUAAUCUUCAUGGAAGGCUUCAUGAGAAAAAUUUACAAUUUUAUCAACGGUUUGGAGAUUUUGCAUUUGAUCGGUACUUACGAGAAAGUCGAAGAAGAAGAAGAAGAAAUCUAUGAAGUCAUUAACGUGCACAGGCUGAAGAGUGCAACGCCCAAUUUGAGGGUCAUCAAUUUGUAUGGGAUUAAUUUUGUUGAUGAUACACAUAUCGAUGCAUUUAGCUCCAAUUGCAUACAGUUGGAAUGUUUGGCUGUCAAUUAUUGCAACAAAGUUACUGGCAGCACCUUGAAAACGUUGUUCCAAAGAAGUAGAAGGCUUACUUGUCUGCUGAUGAACGGAACAAAUCUAAAAAGUGAACACCUAAUGCAAGCAGACUGGGAAAAGUGUUCAUUACAAGAACUGGACAUAACAGCAACGGAUCUAUCCACAGAGUGUUUACAAGACAUGCUAACACGUUUGCCAGGCUUGAGAUUCUUGAGCGCUGGGCAAAUAAAUGGAUUCAACGAUUCCGUAUUGAAAACGUGGAUGGAAAAUGGUAAUCCCAAAAAUCUGGUCGCACUAGAUCUGGACAGUUCAGACAAUUUAUCUGAAGAUGCUAUAUACAAAUUUUUAUGCAAAUAUGGCCAUCAGCUCCAAGGUCUUGGCUUAUCUGGUAUGACCCACAUAACAGAUUCACUUUUUCAGUCAAUUCUACCAAUAUUACAAAACGCUGCAAUAUUGGUUAUGGGUACACAAGAACGUCUUGGAGUCAAUAUACUAGCUGAUCAGCUUAUCGAUAGUAUUGCCAAAAGUUGCAGUAACUUAGAAAGGCUGGAACUGAGAUGGGAUCCAGAAAAUCUGAGAUUUUCUGAUAAAAGUCAGAAAGCCAUAGAUACUUUGAGAGUUAAGUGUCUUAAGUUGAAAUGUCUUAGCUUAAGCGACGGCCGCUAUUACGAAAUUGUCAAAGCCAAUUUUGAACGUGCCGACAGAAUGACAGUAGUACGAACAUUGACUAAUUGCAGAGUAUCCAACUAUUACCUUCUCUCAAACUACAAGGACCUUGUAUUCAACUAAAAUUUCCUUUCCAAAGAUGAUUUCAAUCCUACACCAACAGCACUUCUCCAUAAUCAUUUGUUCCUUCCCAGGAUAUGAACUUUGUUUUGAUUUGAACAAUAGCCCUUCUUGAUAGAACGGAUGGUAGCAAGCUAAAAACAAAUUCAUGUUGUAAUUUUUAUUGCCCUUGGCCUAAUUGAAUCAAAUAUUUUUGACGCCCAGAAGUUAGGGGGUCGAAUGGAUAGAAAAAUUUUAUCUUGGCAAAAGCCUUCAAAAUGGCAGGCUUUAUAAUGCGUAGGUGUUGGGAGUUUUCUAACAUCGAGGUACUGAAGUCUCUGUAUUUUUCAUUGGUGCGAAGUCACCUCGAGUAUUGCUGCAUAGUUUGGUCGCCAUGUUACCAAACCCAUAUUAAGCGCAUUGAACGUGUUCAAGGGAAAUUUGUCAACUUCCUGUUGUACAAACUUGGAAUUGACAAAAGUCAGUUUUCACACCAAGAUCGUUUGCAACUACUAAAUAUCGAUAGCUUGGAGAUGCGUAGGACAUUUCUGACAAUAAUGUUCGGGUUCAAAAUACUAACCAAUAAUGUGAACUGUCCAGAACUUUUGGCACUUAUAAACAUUCGUGUACCUCCACGCGAUACGCGUUUAAAUGGUAUGUUUUCAACCAAUAGAAGCCGGACUGAUGUUGGUAAAAAUAGUGUCAUGAAUCGCAUCAUGCAUCUCUUCAACACACAUAUUCCUGCGAAUUUUGAAUUCAAUUGCACCCCAAUUACAUUCAAAAAUCAACUGAAAUCAAUAUUAGCAAACCUUUAACGAUCAUAGAUCGGAGGCAUUUCGGUGACUCCAAAUAUGGCAGUAUGGAUCUUGACUCUCUGUGAAAAUGAGUUGCAGCGCCGAUAUAGGAAAGGGUGCCAUAUGUAUGUACCUAUUGUAUUGUGUUUAUUUACUUUUAUUUGUAUUUGCCUUGUAUUAAUUGUUGUGAUCAUAUGUAUAGCACAGUUUUGUUUUAUUUUUUUGAAAAAGUUUGUCAUAGAUAUAAGUAUACCAUUUGGAGUUUGCUCUGUUGUGUAUUAAACAAUAAAUAAAUAAAAAAAAUAAGUAGGAUUUUGAAUCAACUAGUGUGUAUUGCAGUUUUUCUUAAAAAAAAAGUUAUUUAUUAUGCAAGAUUGUUGAUUUGAAUAACUCCAUCCAAAACAGUUCUACUUCUACUGUGCAGUUCAAGAAUUCAUCCCUAGUGCUACUUUGACUCCCCCAGUCGAGGAUCUACUGUCUGUAAAAUUGUUUGUGACUGCUGUGAAACCUAGUAAGAAGCAAUAACAUAAACUUUGCAUUUGUCAUAAUGUAUCUUUAUUAAUUUCAAAUAUAAUUUAAACAAAAAGAAAUGAGUUUCAUUUCCCAACGGCAUAUGUGCACAAUAUGAUGGUAAACUUCUGGCUGUGACAGAUAGUUCAAAAAAUGCCACACUAUGUCUAACUUAAUAAAUUAACAACAAAAUAGAAACAAAACAUUUGGUUUGUUUUAAAAAAAUUGUUGAACUUUUUUUUUUAUUAAGCUAUACUUAAGUGGUGUCUUUUUGUACAAAUUUCAAUAUAUACAAAUAGUUCGCAAAUAAAUAAAAUCUGCGAUAUCCAGGAACAUUAGGGCUGCUAAUUUUAAACUGCUGCAAAAUUACUGCUCAUCAGAAUGUGUUAGUGGUAUACCAACAAGUGAAAAUAUUCACCGAACUAUAAAAUGCAAUAUAGCCUCAGACUAUUCUAGUUACCUUAAUUAAAACUAAUAAAACAACAAAACAUGUAUAACAAAAAAAAACGGCUUAGAAGGCAUAGCAAUAAAUAACCAUCAUAAUGUUCCGCAAUAUCGCCUUAACAAAACAACAUUAAUAUCUAGUUGCAAAUAAACAAUGAAACUUAAAAAAAUAUAUUGACUUUGAAAAAGAAAUUUAUAUUUACAUUCGUGCUUAGGCAUUUUUCUGCUUUGCCACUUUGCUUAUAGUAAUUUCUAAAAACACUGCAAACUGAGAUGCACAAGGUCAUUAAACAUUUCCAGUCGCUAUUUCUUUCACAAGCCCUUCGUACGAUAAUGAAAGAACCGCAAUAAGCGAAAGUGAAACCCUAAGCCAUGGAAAUUCCUAAUAUUGCUAAUAUACAACAUGAUGUGUACUCUUUAUAAAACAUUGCAAAUCGUUUGUUGUCGAAAACUGUUUAUACUCUAAGGCUGAACCCUAUUUUUCAUAAAUAUGAGCUUUUUAUAAGAAGAUAAUAAUAACAAUUAUUCAGAAUUUGCUAUCAAUUUCUCCUAAAAUUAAAAAAAAAAAAAUACUCCAAGGAACGCACGACUAUAACAUGUACUGAUAUAUAAUUUAUUACACUUUACAUAAAAGAAAAAUAAUUUGAAUAUACAUAGGUAUAGGUAUACAUGAUUUUUUUAUCCUCCAAAUUGCCCCAACUAGGAAUUUAUUGAUUAUCAAACUAAAAUUCUUGCUCUCACUUCAAAUAACUUCUGAAGUUCCUGCAGAAUGCAUAAAUUGCAAAGAAGAGCAUCUUGCCCGAGAAGAUCCAGCGGAAACGAUGCAAAUGUUAGUACAUAAUAAUAUGAAGAAAAUACCAAUAUUCUCAAGAAAAACAACAACCUUAUAGGGAAAAAGUAAAAUCCUGGAAUUUGAUCAUACAAAAAAGGUAGCAGAUUCCCCUUUCCCCUACGAUUAGAAGAAGUUAAAUUAAAUUUUCAUAAAUGCCUUUUUUGUAUGUCAUUAGACAGACAAAAUUUUUAUAUGAGGAAUUUGAAGUAAUUUAAGAUACGAACAAGCACUUUUCUACAUUCCCAUCCUGCAUUAAUCGGCAAAAGGCAAAAGGAAACCUCUGCCUACUACCGCUACCGACUCAUCCUUUUUCAUUGGAAAAUAAUUUUAUGUUUUACAUCGUUAUUGUGUUUUCCUAGUUAAGUAUUACCCUGUGUAUGUCCCUGUAGUUAUAAUUUAAAUUAACAAGAAGAAUGUCUGUCAAUUCUACUGCUGUAAAAGUGAUAGUGAGAGUGAGGCCUAUGGUCAAAACAGAAAUUGAUAGAGGAUGUCAGGAAAUAGUUAAAGUUAUUCCCUAAAGCGAAUAACUUGAACUUAAAUCCCUUGACAAAGUCUUUACAUUCAAUAGACCUAUCUAUUUUUACCUGGUAUGCGCGCGCAACACGAGGCAAUGUCUUUUUAUUGGCUAGCUAAUACAGGUGUGAGAUGAUCGUUUUGCACGCUGGACAUCUCUUUAUCCUUCUUCAUUGCACGUGGUCUGACAAGAAUAAAUCUAAAGUUGAUAUUCAACUUGACAAGUGUCAUUCAAAAGUUGUUUGACAUUUUCAUUGACAAAUACGUUGCACAACACGCGGUUUUUCUCCUUUCCUUUUUAUCCUGUGCAAAUAAGAAGGACGGAUUGCUAUACGUAAGUCUAACAUAAUUUGGCACGUUUUGCCUCGUCUUGCGCAAUGAGCGUUUUGUGUCUUUUUUUAUUUAAUGAAGUUUUCGUAUUAUUACCUCUUUGUCUGGUAAAAUAGAUAGGUCUAUUAUGUUUUGGGAAGUAACACUGAGCAAGAUGAGCUUUAUAAUAGAUGCGUAGAGCCAUUACUCAAGAGUUUAUUUGAAGGCCUCAAUGUGACUAUCCUUGCAUAUGGACAGACAGGAUCUGGUAAGACUCAUUCGAUGGGAACUGCCUACAGCAAAGGUGAAAAUAUAGACGUCAUCCCUAGAGCUGUCAAUGAAAUAUUCGACACUGAUGAAGAUCAAUGUUCUUUCGACUUCACUAUCACUGUCUCCUUUGUGGACUUGUACCGGGAGAUUCUAUAUGAUCUUAUGUCUGAAAAAUCAAAGGAUCAGUGUAUAUUAGAAAUACGUGAAAAUUUAACAAAAGGCAUACACAUUCAAAAUUUAACAGAAAUUCUUGUUGACGCUGCACAAGAAAUACUUGAUGUCCUGAUUAAAGGAUCUCAGGGGCGAGCAGCUGCAUCAACCAACAUGAAUGCCACAAGUUCGAGGAGCCAUUCAAUUUUUAUAGUUAACCUUGCAAUGUAACAUAAAGUUGAGAAACAUCAGAACAGAACUGCAAAACUACACUUGGUCGAGCGAGCUGGCUGGCUUAGAAGGACCUAAAAAGACUGGUGCAAGUGGCACAAUAUUCAAAGAAGGCGUUGACAUAAAUAAAGGGGUCUUUGUGCUGGGCAAAGUUAUAGGGGCUCUGGGGAAUGAAAAAUCGCAGAACAGUUUUGUUCAUUACAGAGACAGCAAUUUAACCAGACUUAUUUUGGUGGCAACAGCGUCACACUGAUGAUUGGCGUGCAUAAGUCCAACAGAUUAUAAUUUAGAAAAACCGUUAUCAACAUUAGGGUAUGCUGACUGGGUCAGAAAUAUCAAAAACAAUCCUAUUGUGAACCAAGAUCCAAAACCCGCGCAAAUCAACGACUUGAAGAAGCAGAUCAAGCUUUCACAGUUGCAGAUUGUUAGCCAAGGUGAGCCAAUGAUAACAACUACGGAGAUUGAUCAGCUAAAAGCCAACAACCGAGAAAUGAAUGCUUAAUUAUCUGCAGCAUUGUUGGACAAAACCGAGCUGCACGAUAAAGUCAACAUGGUCGAAGGUCCACAUACUUCAAAGCGCCAGUAAAGUGUGUGACAAAAAAGUAUUGAAACUCAAGAAGGAUUUCAGGGCAGCAUCGACCAAUUCAGAAUUACGUGUAUCGUUCCUGAAUAUUCUGUGUUUGAGCAUGUUAAUGUGAAAAAUAUCAGUUGUGCCGGGCAUCAUUCCAAAGAGGAUUUUUUUUUGUCUCUAAAUAAAGGAUUAUUAUUACAAUAUUAUUACAUAAUAAAAUUGCGUUUGGAUAUGUUAAAAAAAAAUUGUAAGCUCUGCUCUAUAUUGUGAAAUUGAUAAAAUGCCUCAUAGGGUAUUAAAAGAUACCAUAUCAAGAUUGGCCCACGUCAACAAAAAAACAUUGCAAAACUUAUUGAGUUCCAUCUACCAAGAACAUUCGAUUCAUAUCUAAUUAUUUGUUUAUAGUAUUGCAAAUACAUUAUUAACUUUAUUUAACAGGUAUUCAAUCAACUUAAGAACAAAAUAACAAAUAAAAACAUAACACCAAAUUAAUUUUGAAUAUUCCAUAUUUGCUGUCUCAAUACAUCCAGUCUUAAAUCUCACUCUAACUAACCCUUCAUUUACCAAGUUUAUGCUUUCGUUAAACCGUUUUAACCGCUAACACGUUUUCGAACUUAAAAAAGUUUUAUCCGGUAUUUAUACUUCUAAGGGUCUCUCCUCAAAACAGUUUCUAAAUGUCAUAACAAGCAGUGCUGGCACCACCCUUAAAACGGUUUUAGAUAUUUACACAGUAUUUAAAUUGGUUUCAAAUUAGUUAAAAGACGUUUUCAAAAUGUUUUAGAUCAAAACGGUUCAACGAGAUAAAACGGUUUAUGGGGUGUUUAUACAAACGUUUUAUAGUAAAACGUUUUCUGUUAAAACAAUUUAACGGUAAGCAUAAACGUGGUAAUUGUUUUUUGCAACGAAAAUAUUGAAAAUUUAAUCUGGCUACAGAAAUUUUCAAAGUCAAUAUGAUAAGAAUGUUAAUUGAUAACUAAACUCUCCCAGAUUCCUUUUUUUUUUAAUUAAUAAACUAACCCUAAAUCACAUUUAGUUUAUCACUGGUUAUCAGGCUCUCCCACUAUUAAUGCCCGCUCAGGGUUUUCCUCUUGGCGCCUAACAACUUCCUCGCUUUCUACUAAGUGUAAAAUUUCGUGACAAAGAGGACAUCUAUCUUGCACAUAGAGCCACUUUCGUAAACAGACGCCGUGGAAGAAAUGUUUGCAUUUAGUUAUUUUUGCGCUAAGCAUUUCUUGGUAACAAAUCGCGCACACAUCGUCCAGGUUUUCCAAUUGGUCCUUUUCAGCUUCUGGAAGGCUUUCGAUUUUAUUAACGGCCGACCGACGUUUCAUGAAAACAGACCAGCCAGCCUUAGCAUCGCACCAAAUAUUGAAAUAAGCAUGAAUGCACAUCAUUAUAGCUCUAAUAGCACUUCCGCUUUCAAAUAACAGAAUCCAGGCACCGUUGAAAAACAGGAAAAUACCAAAGCAAAACUCGAUCGUGUUCCCAAAUGAUCUGAUGUAAUAAAUGUAGUCAUCCAUUUUUUCCCAAAAACUUUGCCUUUUGGCAUCAUAUAGGAACAAACAAUAUAUUGCCAGGGACACGAAUACUUUAACAAUGACUUCAAUGCUGAAUGCUGUAACUGCUAGCAGCCAUGUUGAUGUUUCCUGUGUUGUCCAUAGUACAUACAUCAAAGCCAUCGAUAAGAAUACCAAAGCGACACAAACUAUAAGGGCGUGGGCAUGUCUUCUUAUAGAAGGAUUAUGAGAAGCACUCAAACUCAUUAGCAAGGGAUUAACAAUGUUAUGAGUAAAGUGAAGCAAUGCAGUAAAGAGUAGACAAAAGUUGCGACAUAGUCUUACAAAUCUCACUUCGGGAUCAAGCCCUGUUAAUCCAGUUUGUAGUGCUAAAAUAUAAAAAACUAUGGCAGAUACGGUUCCAAAAUUUUUGUCAUUUUCAUCGUCGGUUAGAAGAAUCCAUUGGAAAAACUUCCCUACGUAAUUGCAGACAUAAGACACGAUGCUAGUCAAUCCAAGCACUGCAGUUAGCGUGUCACAGCCAGUUAUUAAUAAAUAUUUCAUUAUUCUAAAAUAUGGAGAAUUUCCGUCAUCAAUAUCCCAAUAUCCAUAAUAUAGGAAAAAUAGUACUGUAUGUUCCGAGGUUCUUAUUAGCCAAAAAGUGCGUAAAACUUCAGGUACGUUGAGACGCAACCAUUCAUUUUCAACUAAAGCUGAUACCCCAAAGUUCGUAAUAAAUGUUUUGGCUUGUAUGUAUCCUGCAUACAGUGAAUUUGAAAUAGCCAUAAAUGAGGACCACAGCACAAAUUUUAUUAUGGCUAUUGGCAGUAGUGCUGACACAAUUGGACUAUAUCUAAGUAAAGAUUCUGAAACUGGGAGAACUGAUAAAAAAGAUGGAAUCAUAAAUGAGAUCGGCAAUAGCUUUUGAAUUGUUGAGUAUCGAGGUCCCAAGUGGAUAUUUAGGAAAAUGAAGGCUAUAAUGGUUUGCAGGACAUAGUUUUCGAGUACCUGGGUCAUCCAGCCAUGUUCUUCCAGUAACUGCCUGAGGUCAAAGUUGAAGAUGAAUUGUAGAGGUGGUAUAGUUUCGUUCACAUGAUCUGCGUUCAUCAUUAUCGUUUUAACUGUUCGAAUGUUGGUGAAGUAUGAGGCCGUUACUAAUCCUAUCGACAUAAGGUACAAGUAGACUACCAUCAGGUGUUUUGAGUUUAGCACAAACAUGCACAUUGCUGACAC